CGGCGGCGCAGCGACUAGAAGCACGCGAGGGUCGGCGAGAGCGAGGCGGACGAGGCACGAGGACAAGGACAGUCGAGAUCAGGGCACGAGAGACGUUUUCUGCGGAGUUUUAUCACCAUGGCGAACAAGUUGGAGGAAGUUACCAAGGAUGUUGCUGAACUGCGCACACUUCUUGCUUCAGCUACAAGGAAGCGCGUUCAAGACCUCCUUUCAUUAGAAUUAAAAAGACUGGAGACUGAGUUGAAGAAUCUCGAGGAUUCCGCAAACAAAUCCGAGACACCCAAAGCCAAGACUGAUUUCACUCCAAAGAUCUACACUGUCAACAUCAGGAACUAUUCAUGGGAUCAGUCGGAUAAGUUUAUGAAGUUAUAUAUAACUCUAAAAAAUGUCCAUACAAUGGAAAAGGACAAAAUAACUGUCAAAUUCGAGGAGAGGAGCGUUAACUUACAUGUCAGUGAAUUAGACAGCAAGAAUCACCAGCUCAAUAUUCUAAAAUUGGCUGAGAACAUUAAGCCAGAUGCCAGCCACCACAAGAUCAAAACAGAUAUGGUGGUCCUUUUCCUGGCUAAGGAGAAGCAAAUAAAGUGGGAAGGAGUAACAGAAGUGGAGGCUCGUUCCGCUGAGGCACGUAAGCCCAAGCUUGAUAGUAAUGACCCCAACGCCGGAAUCAUGGACCUCAUGAAGCAGAUGUAUGUGGAUGGUGAUGACAAAAUGAAACAGAUGCUGAACAAGACUUGGUACGAGAGCCAGCAGAAGAGGAUGACUGGGGAAGAUGCGAUGCCAGACCUCAACCUCUGAAGCACCAGACACCAGCUUUCCUUGAGGGAAUAGCAGCAAGGCAUUCCACUGGGUAGAGCAAAAAAGCCAGCUGUUCGAUGUGGUGGUGUGGUUUGUUCAGCUUCACCAUGAUCUUCAGUCAGAUGUUUUGUUUGUUGAUUGGUUUGUCUGCCUGAUGAGGUUGGGGAAGAGAGGUUUAUGUUGAGUGAAAGAUUUGGGUUUCCCCCCCUCCCUCUCCUCUUUUUUUUUUAUUCAUUUGUUUUUUUUAUUAUAAUUGUUAAUGUUACUGUGAGGGAGAUUAGCAAAAAUUGCUAUCUCAUAUCAACUUUUUUUUAUUGAAAAUGCUUUGUAGAUCAAUGAUUAGCAUUUAGUAGCAUUUGCUUUUAGAUUUUAUUAUUGUUAAUAUAAUAAAGGUCUUGUUUUCCUGUUUAAAACUUUAUCUUCAUUGUUUUUCUUUAUCCAUUGGUACCAUUAAAUAAAAUACAAAUUGUUCAGGGAACUGUGAAUGAAAGGAAAAUGUCUGUAAACUGUAUGAAAUACAAUGUAUUGUAAUAAUGCACAUGUUUCAUUAGUUUCUUACUGAGGUUCAUUGUCUCAAAAAUGUAUUAGUUUUAGCAGCAUUAGAAGUUUACACUUAGCAGAAAGCAGAAGGUAUGAAUACUACUGUCAGAUUUUAGUGUUUUGAGGGUAUCCACAACCAUAUGAUAUAUGUGUGUAUAUAUUGUUAUGACUGGAACUCCUUUUGCAACAUUCAGUUUUCUUUAUAUAUUUUUUCCAUACACUAUUUAUUGAAGUACAAGGAUUA